AUGACUACUCCACUCCCCGCGCUGCGCGCCCGCAACCAUGCCCGCCGCCCUUACUCGGCCCGCCCGUUCGUUCUGACGAUCCUCUUGCUAUCACUCAUCUCGGCCCUCGCCCUGCUCGCCCGUGAGCCCUCCAACGACCCGAGCCCUCUCGGCCUCCACCGCAGAAACCUCGUCCCGCAGCAUCAGGAAGUCGACCUCGAGUGCCGACUAGUCCAUGAUGCCGUUGAUAAAUGCGCCUUUGUGCGCGCAAACUGCCCGGACGAAGAGGCGGGCAUGUUCUCCUAUCUCCAGCUAUACUACUGCCGCCUCCCGCACGCCAAGCCUGUCGCAUUCGCCAUUAUGGUCAUCUGGCUCGGCCUACUCUUCAGCACCAUUGGAAUUGCGGCGAGCGACUUCUUCUGCGUCAACCUGAGCACUAUCUCGAACCUGCUCGGCAUGAGCGAAAGCUUAGCCGGCGUCACCUUUUUGGCCUUUGGAAACGGAAGUUCCGAUGUCUUCUCCACAUUCGCAGCGAUGAAGGCACACAGUGGGAGUCUUGCUGUUGGAGAGUUGAUUGGAGCCGCGGGCUUCAUCACUGCCGUGGUUGCCGGCUCAAUGGCCCUCGUGCGGCCAUUCAAGGUUGAUAAGCGGAGUUUUGUUCGAGACGUGGCUUUCUUCAUUGUGGCGGCCACAUUUAGCAUGAUCUUCCUCAUUGACGGCAAGCUUUAUUUUUGGGAGUGCGCUGCCAUGGUUCUAUUCUACUUGUUCUAUGUGGUAUUUGUGGUAUGGUGGCAUUGGCGCCAUAACCGACGGCAGCAAAAGAGACUUGUAGAAGCCGCGGCGAGAGCGCAGUACGUGGUGCCUGGAGGGGAAGAGGCAGAGGUGUUUUCUGAUUAUCUCGACGAAGACGCGCCGGAGGCUUUAGAACAGAGACCGCUCCUAUCAAGGGGCACCUCGACCAACGACCUGGCCACGCUCGAGCGUGGUGAUGGCGAUUCCGACGAUGUCGGAUUUGAAGAGACGGAAGAAGAGGUCCGAGACAGGUGGAUGGGCGAACUGAACCGGAACAUGCGACUUAGUCGGCCACGUCUGGGCGAACGUCGACACACCAAGCCUCACCCUAUCCGACCUAGUUUGGUCGGCGCUCUGGAAUUCCGAGCUGUCCUUUCCUCACUGCAAAAGUCGAGGAAUAUCCAGACAUUGCCUAUCAACCUGCGGCGCUACUCUGAUGACCCAAACUAUACCACGGCGCAGCAACAGGAUAACAUGUCGACAACAUCCGAUCCUGCUGCGCGACCGCCAUUCAACGUUCCGCCCGGAAAGGAUGAUGCUACACCAACCAUUGAGCGACAUGCCGAGCUCGACGGCCGAACUGGUAACCGGGUGCGAGCUGUGUCAGCCAACGGUGCAGAUGCACUGAAACUCGACCCGAGCGCGUUGAAAAAAGGAUUGCCAAAGAUGAAUCUUCCUCCAUUGUUGGAAGAUCCUAUCGUCCUCAGACCUUCACCGUUUCUCCUUGAGGACCCAGCCAACCUCAGACCUCCACGUGGGCACUCGAGGAACAACUCCGGCGCAUCUGUCCAGAGCAACAAUUCGAUGAACGUACCAUCGCCGACUAUCUCCUUGUCUCCGGCCGUAUCCCCUAGGGGCACCACUACGCGAUCUCAGGGGAUUUCUCCCAUGGGGUCUAGAGAGCACAGUCCGGUACUUCUUCCGCGCAUGCGAGCACAUUCUCCUGAGCUCCUUGCGCCGCCAGAUCCUUUCAUGCAACAGCCAAUGUUUGCCCCGGAACUACACCAGUCGCCGAAGGGAUCGCCGAUGAUCUCGCCGAGAGGAUCGCCAAACGUAAAACCACAACUUCCAAAACUGGAUAUCCCCCACACUGGUGUCCAAAGCGCGGGCUCUCCGCUAUCGAUCUUCAGCGAGUAUCCCUGGUCUGUGCGUAGCGGUUCGCGCCCUGGCAGCAUCAUUCUGGGGCCGCCUACCUCUCCUGGAGGCUCUUUGUUCCCGAAUGAGCAUUUGCUGGACAUUGAUGCGGAUGACGAGCUUAGGCCGCUCAGGUGGUGGCCGUACAAGGUGCUUCCGCCGCCGCGUCGGCUGGUGUCCAAACUAUUCCCGACGCUAUACAGUUGGCAUGACAAGAAUAUCUGGGAGAAGAUCCUGGGCAUUGUCGCUGCCCCGAGUGUUUUGCUCUUGACCAUUACUUUGCCUGUCGUUGACACGGACAGAGAAUCCGAGGAAGAGGAGCAAGAGAUACCUGAACUUAACCUGCCGGACGCUGCUAACCCUGGUUUCCAAAUCCCUUCAGGACCCAGCACGAUUACAAUCACCGGGCCAGACGAGACUCCCACGACGAUGGCAGCAUCUGACGGCGCCAACCCCGAAAUCAUGAACGGUAUAGCCAACCACGGCAACACAGCCGGCAUGGCAGUAGCGGCCGAAGAGCGGCACCGGCACGCAUACCACGAGCAGGCGGCGCCCAUCGUCCUGCUCUCGCCCUCGGACAACACGACGCACAACCACUUCCUCACGUCACCGGAACAAAUGGCACACACGACGGCGGCACCCUCUCUGGCAGAGCCGAAGCAAUGGGACCGCUGGCUUGUGAUCCUGCAAGCCUUCACGGCGCCCUUCUUCAUCGUGCUGAUUGUGUGGGCGAAUACGGCACCCGACAACCCGUUCCAGCUGCUGCGCCACGCGCUCAUAAGCCUAGUAUGCUCGCUAUGCGCGCUCGCGCUCAUCCUAGCCACGACGACGCCGACGCGCCCGCCGCGCUGGCGCCCCACGCUCUGCUUCCUCGGCUUCGCAGUCAGCAUCGCCUGGAUCAGCAGCAUUGCGAACGAAGUGGUCGGGGUCCUGAAGACGAUCGGCGUGGUGCUGGACAUCAGCGACGCGAUUCUGGGCCUGACUGUCUUCGCCGUGGGCAACUCGCUGGGCGACCUGGUGGCGGACAUAACGGUGGCGCGGCUGGGCUUCCCCGUCAUGGCGCUGAGCGCGUGCUUCGGCGGGCCGAUGCUGAACAUCCUGCUCGGCAUCGGGCUGAGCGGCUGCUACAUGGCGGUCGUGGGCGCCGAGCACAAGCACGACAAGCACCCGGAUCGGCCGUGGCGGUUUAGGCCGUACACGCUCGAGAUCAGCAGCACGCUGUUGCUGAGCGGCGCGACGCUGCUGAUUACGCUGGCGGGGCUGCUCGUCGCGGUCCCGGCGAGGAAGUGGCGCAUGGAUCGCGUGGUGGGGUGGGGUCUUGUGGGCUUGUGGACGGUGAGUACGGUGGGCAAUUUGCUGGCUGAGAUGUUAGGCUGGGAGGGGCCGAUUGGGCAGGCCCUGGUGUAG